AUGAUCGUGUCCGCCGCCGUGGGGGCGGCGGUCGUUCUGUCGUCCUGUGCUGAAGCGGCAUCGUCCAAGCGGCUGCUGGUGCAUCUUCAUGAUAGUGGAUUGCGUGCGCUAUACGAAGAUCUCACGGAUCGGACUCGUGAUGGCGUUCACGCGUACUUGCAAGGACGGUUUGCCAGUGCCCAAGCGUCGUUUGUCGACCAGCUGAGCGCUGCCGCGACCAUCGCCAACGUGUCCAUGCCACAGCUCAUCCCGUUAUGGAUUCAAAACACGGUUGUCCUGGAUAACGUGCACGAGGACCUCGAACUGUGUCUCAGUCAACUCGAUGGAGUUGCCAACGUUGUCGAGGAUGGUAUCGUACACCUUCCCUCGUCGUCCUUCCACCAUCUCGACAAGCACGAAGGCGAGUUUGAAGCGUCAUCCGUGCAGGACAACGUCAAGGACCUCCACGCCGACGAGGCAUGGGGCAAAGGGUGGUCUGGCGCUGGCAUCGUCAUUGCCAGUAUCGACUCGGGGGUGCGUUACUCGCACAGUGCCUUGCGUGCUUCGUACCGAGGCACGCACGGGGUGGAUGGAUCCGUCAAUCACGACUACGCGUUCUGGAUUCCGUCGUCCCAGAAUGCAACUCUCGUGCCGGACAACGCCGACGAGGUGGGGCAUGGCACUCACACGAUGGGCACCGCCGUGGGCAGCAGCGGCAUUGGGAUCGCUCCAAACGCCACGUGGAUCGCCGCGCGUCCGUUCAACUGGGACGGAAGUGCGGCCCAAAGCGACAUCUUGCUUGCUGGGCAAUGGGUCAUGUGCCCGACCAAGUGGCAAGGCACAACUCCCAACUGCACACUCGGCGCCGACAUUGUGUCCAACUCGUUUGGCGCCGACAGCUCCGUGCAUUGGAUGGAUCACGUUGUCCGAGCCUGGCGCCGCGCCAACAUGCUUCCCGUGUUUGCCAGCGGCAACGUAAACGGAUUCCAGUGCGGGUCGGUCAUGUGCCCUGGUUGUCUCCGCGAUGCGGUCGCUGUCGGCGCUUUAGUUGGCAGCAAGACGUUGUGGGGAGGCAGUGGAAAAGGUCCAAGUCCCGCAGGCGGCGCGAUCAAGCCCGAUUUUGUCGCCCCUGGCGUCGCGAUCCGAUCCGCGUCGAGCCUGGGCGACGCCAAGUACAUGCGGCUCACGGGCACGUCGAUGGCAACGCCGCAUGUGUCGGGGGCCGCCGCCAUCGUUUGGCAAGCGUGCAGAGCAGCAGCGAGCGACAACAGCGGCGCGACGAAGUGCAGUGUGGACGUUGUUGCGGCCCGCCUUGAACGCACAGCAACCACACAAUCGCUGCACAAACCGGUUUUGGUGCCGGCGACAUGCGGCGGCACACCGUACAACACGUUUCCCAACAACAUUUAUGGCUUUGGCCUCCCGAACACGGUCAAAGCAGCCGCUGCACCGUCCAGCACGGCAAAUGCUGCGGAGGAAAACGUCGCGGUCAUGUUGGCGAGUGCGUAA